CUAUAUUCUACUAUGCUGGUCAUGGGUACGAACAUUCAGGGAGGAACUACAUGGUCCCCAUUGAUGCUCCACAACCCUACGCCCCUGAGAACUGCAUCAGUGUGCAGAGGAUCCUCCAGAAGAUGCAGCAGCAGCAGACGGCCCUGAACCUCAUCCUGCUGGACACCUGCAGGAAAUGGUACAACCCAGAGUGUGCCCUCUCCCAGGUACAGCCCCUGGAGCCCUGGGGCAAUACCGUUUACGGCUAUGCCACGAGCGAAGAUGCAGAAGCCUAUGAGUUGCAGGAUGGGGCGUUCAGCUCUGGAAUCUUCAUGAAAUAUCUGAAGAAACAUAUUCUGCAGGAGAAGAAAGUUACACACAUGCUGGACGAUGUGUUAGAAGACAUUGGCCGGGAUCCCUUGGUCACUGGAAAGCAGGUGAUGGAGAUCAAACACACGCUGAAGGAAGCCCGGUCCCUGACGGACCCAAUCUGCCCCUCGGGAGCAGCUGCGGAGCGCUGGGGAUGCGGCCAUGAGCCACGGAGCAGAAUGAUGACCUUCCCCUGUGGGGCGCGCGUGGAGCUCUGCUUCCGCCGUCUCUUCUCCAACGUGAUGUACGUGUGUGCCAAGCUGCGUUCCCUCCCAGCCCACGUCGCUGAUGGCCAUCUCCUGCUCUGCCAGCCCUCCGAGAUGAACAACAUGGCCGUCCUGAAUGAGAGCCGUCUGGACCAAGUGGAGUCUCUGCUCGCCUCUGUGUACAAGCGGGAGGAGCUGGACUGUGUCUUUCAGCUCUCUGGACUACAGAAAAUCCAGAUGGAUGUGGUCCUGCAGUUGGAUUUGCAUUAUACCCAGCUGAGCACAAAGCAGAGGACUUGUGAAAGCCUGCUAACAACCCUCCAGAAAUCUCUGCUGGGGCAGUUUUUCAGCCAGAGGAAUUCCUCGCAGCCAGACUACCAGAGAACUGCCUGUGAAGGCAGAAUGUGCCUCCAGGGUGUGCCGGCGCCGAGCAUGGACCCCAAGGGGCAAGCAUUUCUGAAGACAGGUUCUGGCCACAGCUUGCCCAGCAGCAACCCCUCCAACUCCGGCAGCAAGCCCGAGGAGAAUGAUGAGAGCGACCUGAGUGAGCUCUGCUCUGCGCUGCUCCGGGCUGGCCCAAGGCAGGACUACCCCUGA